CAACCGACAAUUGUCGAGGCUCGGGGCGACCGAAAAUACGGUACUUUUGAUAUCACACCCAUUAAAUCUCUUUACUCCUACGUAACGCUAUCAAACAGUUCUUCAUUUAGUGUAUCACAUUUACUUUUUGUAAAACAUGGUUACAGUUCAUUCUCUUUCUCGGUCUUCAACAGUUUUACGCACAAUGAAGUUGAACGAAAACGCAGGGCCAGAUUAAAAUCGGAAACGGAUUUCUUACACCAACAGUUACCUCCCGCUAACUAUCGCGAUAAACUUGCUAUCUUCAAAGCAGGAACUGAGUUGCUGCAACAUUACGCAAAUACCAAUACCAGUGAGUUGAGGAAACUAAUUCUAACCGAGGAGGAAUACUCUGCGUGCGUUUUAAUUAACUUCGAUGGCUUUGCAGUCCGUAUACGAUGUCGAGAUGGCGCAAUCUUAUCGGUUAAUGGAGAGAUCAAGGAACACCUUGGAGAGGAAUUCGCGGAUUGCGUUGGAAAAACCUUGUAUGACUAUGUUGUAGCCGACAAACUUGCCGAGAAUGUUAUUAGGCAAAAUCUAAGCCUCGCCACGGAGGAUAUUGAGGUUCUGGCGGCUGGACAAACCCUCGGCAGGCAUUUUGUCUUACCCCUGGCCGGAUCGUCACCGGAUUGCUAUUUCGUAGAAUUUUGCGGAGACAUCAUUUUACCUCGGCAAGAAGGGGAUCGAGACGCAAGCAGCGCGUUGGCUUCCGACGAGAGUAUUCUUCAGGCUUUGUGUAAAAGACUGGAACUCUGUGAGUCUGCUUCUGCUUACGGAGUCCUCUUUUCCAUGCGACUGCAACCUGGCACGUUUAACGUGCUGGAGAUUAGUGGUCGGUGA